CCGGGCGGCGCCUGGGUUCGGACGCCGGAGGAGCAGCAGGAGCCUCAGCCCAACCGCGAGCAGGUGUGAAUGAGCCCACCAGAGGACACGCUGCCACUGCUGGAGGAAUCCCCCAUUUCCAUGUCAUUUGUGUGGGCCCUGCUGUGAAAUGAACCUAGCAAGGACUUCUUGGACGCUUCCUUCCUUCCCUUGUUGAACACUCCGGAGCCAUUGUUCCCCUGUUGUUCCAAUUGGGUCCUGUCCUCCUCUUGCCAAGGCAAACAGCCCAGUCUCAAGUAGGUGUCCCUAGGCUCAUCUGUCAGCCUGAACAUGAACAUAAGCAAAGCUGAUGACAGUCAGGGUUCCCAAGGGACGUGGGGCCCUGCGGGGUCCCGCCCCCAGGAGCAGGACCUCUCAUGAUGUUGGUGUCUGGGAGUGAGCACCAUGCCCAUCACCCAGGACAAUGCCGUGCUGCACCUGCCCCUCCUCUACCAGUGGCUGCAGAACAGCCUGCAGGAGGGCGGGGACGGGCCGGAGCAGCGGCUCUGCCAGGCGGCCAUCCAGAAGCUGCAGGAGUACAUCCAGCUGAACUUUGCCGUGGACGAGAGUACAGUCCCCCCUGACCGCAGCCCCCCGGAAAUGGAGAUCUGUACUGUGUACCUCACCAAGGAGCUAGGGGACACAGAGACUGUGGGCCUUAGUUUCGGGAACAUCCCUGUGUUCGGGGACUAUGGUGAAAAGCGCAGAGGGGGCAAGAAGAGGAAAACCCACCAGGGCCCUGUGCUGGACGUGGGCUGCAUCUGGGUGACGGAGCUGAGGAAGAACAGCCCGGCAGGGAAGAGCGGGAAGGUCCGACUGAGGGAUGAGAUCCUCUCCCUGAACGGGCAGCUGAUGGUCGGAGUUGAUGUCAGCGGGGCCAGGUAAGUGGGGGUGUGACUGCUGGCAUGGGGGCAGGACAUGGGGCCCCGGUGGGUCACCGAUGUCUGAUACCAGAUCUGCAGCUACAGAGGG